CAGUGUUGUCCGAUGUGGGUGAGGCUACAGGUUUAGCCAGUUGCUGCACUGCAGAUCCUUGGCUAAGUUAAAAGCUUUCAGCAGCUCGCCUGGUUUCUCUGUGAAAAUCAUUCAGACUGUAACAGGAACUUGAGCUCCACUUCUCUCUGUUUACUUUGUUCAGUCUGGGAUUCGAAUGUAGACCAUGGAGUCAUGAGCUCAAUUUCCAGAGGUCAGCUGCCUUGUGUCUGAGUGGUAGUGCGCACAAUGGCAGACCAAGUACAAAGCUCCCUUCAGCGAUCAUCUGCACUUAAAGGUGUGGCCACGGACAUCAGCCAACUGAUGGAUAAGCUUGACACUAAUGAGCUCCGUCUGGAAGACGAGGAGGUGGACUAUGAUGCGGGCAAUGAUGCGAGAGAGCCCAGUGGCUCUCAGAUCCCAUUCUCAGCCAUUUACAAGACCAAGUCUUUCAAGGAGCCUCAGAUCCAGGUGUACCUCCCUGGAGAACCUAUCAAAGCCCAUGUGGUGGAGGUGGAACGAUUCACUUCUACAUCAAAGGUCCCAAGCCCUAAUGUCUACACCAUCCAGUUGAAACAUGGAGAGUUCACCUGGCACGUCAAGAGGAAAUUCAAGCAUUUUCAGGAACUUCACAGGGAGCUUCUCCGAUAUAAAGCCUUACUGCGCCUGCCAAUCCCAACACGCAGUUACACAGUGAGGAGACAGACGGUGAAACGAGGAGAGCCCAGGACAAUGCCGACACUGCCUCGGAGCUCGGACAACAUCGUUAGAGAAGAGCAGAUUUCUAGCCGACGGAAACAACUGGAGGAUUACUUGACCAAGUUGCUCAGGAUGCCCAUGUACAGGAACUACCAUGCAACCAUGGAAUUUAUUGGCAUCAAUCAGCUCUCAUUCAUUCAUCAUCUCGGACCAAAGGGCCUGGAAGGCUUUGUGAUGAAACGUUCCGGAGGUCACAGAAUUCCAGGACUCAACUGUUGUGGGAGGAGUCAAAUAUGUUAUCGAUGGUCCAAGAGGUGGUUGGCAGUGAAAGAUUCAUUCAUUUUGUACAUGAAGCCAGAUUCAGGUGCCGUCGCCUUCGUUGUACUUGUGGACAAAGAGUUCAGCAUCAAGUUGGGUGCCAAGGAAACUGAGACUAAAUACGGCAUCAGAAUCGAAAACCUGUCCAGGACUUUGAUCAUCAAAUGCAACAAUUACCGCCAUGCUCGCUGGUGGGGUCAAAUGAUUGAAGAAUUCAUUCACAAACAUGCCGCAGUCUUCCUCGAAGAUCAGCGCUUCAAAUCCUUCAGUGCUGUGCAUGAAAACACGCUGUGUAAAUGGUACGUAAAUGCUAAAGGAUAUUUUGAAGAUUUGGCAGAUGCUUUGGAAGAUGCGAGAGAGGAAAUAUUCAUCACAGAUUGGUGGCUGAGUCCAGAAAUCUUUCUCAAGAGGCCGGUGGUGGAAGGGAAUCACUGGAGGCUGGACUACGUACUCAAACGCAAAGCCCAACAAGGGGUGAAGAUUUUUGUGAUCCUCUACAAAGAGGUGGAGCUUGCGCUCGGUAUCAACAGUGAAUACAGCAAGCAGACUCUGAAACGUCUUCAUUCCAACAUUAAGGUGAUGAGGCACCCGGACCAUGUCUCCUCCUCUGUCUACCUGUGGGCUCACCAUGAGAAGAUAGUGGUCAUUGACCAAUCGGUUGCAUUCGUCGGUGGCAUUGACUUGGCAUAUGGGAGGUGGGAUGAUCAUGAGCACCGACUGACCGACGUGGGCAGUGUCUCUCGGAAUGUAUGCACGCCGUCCGUCGGAAUAAACAACCAAACGCCAAUCACCACACCCGGUGAGAGUGAGCAAGCCGAGCGGAACAGAGCGAAGGUGACAUUCGAAAAGAGUGUGGAGGGGGAGGAUGAGGUGGACUCGUCCAGGAUGAAGGGUAUCGGCAAGUCCAAAAAGUCCUUCCCAGUUCUGAACCUGGUCAAACAGCUACAACGACAGAACCUGGAGCACAGUGACAGCGUGAGUAGCCUCGACAGCACAGAACAUGAUUGGUAUAAAAUUCACAACAGCCAGCAGAACUUAAUCAGGGAUAGGCUACCCCCUCUGAAGAGGUUAUAUCGCCGAGCCAGCAACCCUGGGCUCUCUCAACCUGAGGACGAGAGGGGUUCAGAAUGCAGUCUACACACAGACAUCAGAGAUCUGGUCGGCCAGACAAGGUUCUGGCAUGGGAAGGACUAUUGCAACUUCGUCUACAAGGACUGGAUCCAACUGGACAAACCCUUUGACGAUUUCAUCGACCGGCAUGUGACUCCCAGAAUGCCUUGGCACGAUAUCACUGCAGUGGUGCAUGGGAAGGCUGCGCGCAAUGUGGCGCGGCAUUUCAUCCAACGCUGGAACUUCACAAAGAUUGUUAAAGCCAAGUAUCGGCCCCUGUCCUACCCUUAUCUCCUGCCCAAGUCACUCUCGACAGCAAAUGAGCUGAGAUACCAGGUGCCGGGCUCUGUGCAAGCUAGAGUUCAGGUGCUGCGAUCGGCUGCUGAUUGGUCGUGUGGUAUUAAAUAUCACGAAGAAUCCAUUCACAACGCCUACAUACAUGUGAUCGAAAACAGCAAACACUACAUCUACAUUGAGAACCAAUUCUUCAUCAGUUGUGCUGACAACAAGUGUAUCUUUAACAAGAUUGGUGACGCCAUUGCACAGAGAAUCCUGAGGGCUUACAGGGAAAAGCAGAGAUUUCGAGUUUAUGUGGUGACUCCCCUGAUGCCAGGGUUCGAAGGAGACAUCUUGACAGGCGGAGGGACUGCAAUCCAGGCUGUUAUGCACUUCAACUACAGGACCAUUGCCAGAGGAGAAAACUCAAUCAUUGAACAACUGAGGAGAGAAAUGGAGGAUCGCUGGAUCAAUUAUUUCUCGGUUUGUGGGCUCCGGACUCACGUGGAGUUGAACGGACAGCUGGUCACUGAACUCAUCUACGUCCACAGCAAAAUGCUGAUUGCAGAUGACAACACGGUCAUUAUCGGUUCAGCAAACAUCAAUGACCGGAGCAUGCUGGGAAAGCGAGACAGCGAGGUGGCAGUGAUUGUGGAGGACACAGAGUUUGUGCAGUCAGUGAUGGAUGGGGCGGAGUACAAGGCUGGAAAGUUUGCCCUGCAGCUCCGGUUACACUGCUUCAAGCUCAUCCUAGGGGCUCUAAACGAUCCCACUAUCCAGGUACAGGAUCCCAUCAGCGAGAAAUUCUUCAAAGAAACCUGGAUUGCAACCAGUGCACGGAACGCUACGAUAUACGAAAAGGUCUUCAGGUGCCUCCCAUCGGAUCAUGUGAGGAACUAUGUUGAGCUGGCUGAUUUCAUCGCCAAGGAGGGCCUAUAUGUGGAGGAUCCAGCCAAAGCGGUGGAGGAACUGAAGAAGAUCCGGGGAUUCCUGGUGCAAUUCCCAUUCUGCUUCUUGUCCGAAGAGAACCUCCUCCCGGCCUUAAGCACGAAGGAACGGAUGGUCCCGAUGGAGGUGUGGACAUGAGGGGGAGAGGGAGAGAGAGGUGCUGUGUCUGCAAAGAGAAGAGGCCCAGCCAGUUAGUUGUGUGCCUACUCUUGUUACUCUUGCCCAGUGCUGGUGAAGGUAUCUAUUGGAGACCUAUCUAUUCGAGAGGAGAGUUGCGGCGUUCGAUCUGGUGGUUUCAGCGCUGUACUAACAGGAAUACCUUGCGAUAUUCAGCCUUGGCUCUCAUAGAAAAUGACUAAUGGGAUCCAUCAAAUCAAGGCUCAACACAGGGAGAAUUAAAAUAUUUUAGGUAGAAUUUCUGCUGAUAUUUUAAUCCUUGUCAUUACACAAACUGGACACUAAAUAUAGAAGAAUUCAAACUCCUGAAAUGUCUAUCAGACCUUUACAAAGAUGUUUUUAAAAAUUU